AAAUGAGUGAAUAGUAGUUUGUUUUUUUCUUUUAAAAUAAGUAUCCUUGCAUACCAACAACAACGACAACAGCAGGGGAUUAUGGGUAGAGUAAAGACAAGCCUGUAAAACGCGUUCCGCAUUCACUUCAGUAACACAGCUCUGCCUCCGAGCGCCGGUAUUCCUUAAAGAGCUCCUUCACCGUUAAACAUUUUAUUUUAUUUUUUUAAUUUUUUUUUUUUUUUUAAAGCCGAGUGGAGCUCAGCAGGAAGGCAGGCAGCCACAGGUUGAGUUUUUCUGGGAUGGAUGCUGACAGCAGCCGCCUGGAGAGGAGCAGCCACACGGCUUUUAUCCACGACAACAGCCUGUUUGUGUGGGGAGGAUACCAGGUAGCUGAUGGACAGGAUGUUGUGUUGCCCAGUGAUGAGAUAUUUCUCUGUGAUUUAUACAGCGGAACAUGGGAGCGGAGGGAAAUCACCGGUGACAUCCCACCAGACUUAACAGGCUGCUGUGGCUCAUACGCUAAUGGCACAUUUUACAUCUUUGCAGGAUGUGACCCUGUUGGAUACACAAAUCAGAUGUUUAGUGUUGACCUUACAAAACCGUGUUACUCAUGGAAGAAACUAACUGACACCAAGGGAACCACACCAUCACCACGAAAUAAACACUCCUGCUGGGUACACAGAGACAGGUUAAUCUACUUCGGUGGAUAUGGAUGUAAGACUGUAGUGGAGGUGCGAAACACGUCGUCUUCAAGCUUCGUCGUUGAAGAGAUGUCCUGGACAACAAUAGGAGGUACAUUAUUCAGGUGCUGGGGCUGGAACAAUGAAGUCAAUGUUUUUGACACACACACCAAUACAUGGAGCGUGCCAGAGACUCGGGGUCCUGCUCCUGCUCCCAGAGGCUGCCAUGCUGCUGCUGUUUUAGGGAACAAAGGAUAUAUAUCUGGUGGCUUGGAAAAUGCAGAGAUAGACGUCUACUGCUUAGAUCUGGACACCUGGACCUGGACUCAAUUUGACAUCUCCCCGUCCUGUUCACCUCUGGGACGCUCCAUGCACACUAUGACACCGGUAUCAGAUCACACACUCUUCAUUUAUGGAGGCCUCGGGACAAAUGGAAAAACUCUCAAUGAUGCCUGGCAGUUUGACGCACUAAAGAAAGAGUGGACCGAGAUGACACACCCACACACAGAUAAACCUAGAGUGUGUCACACAUCGUGUCUGGGAAGUGACGGCGACGCUGUUGUGUUUGGGGGCAUCGACAACUUCUGCAUCCUAAUGGACUCAAUGGCUGUAUUGAGGUCUCCAUGGCAACAUCACUGCAGCGAUCUGUUUGUCUUUCAGACGCAGCCGUACUCCCUUUCCAGAUUAUGUGAGGACUUCAUAGGAAGAAACGCUGAGCUGUUUGGGAAUCAGCUGACCUGGCUGCCCUCAAAGAUGCAAAGUAGAAUUGAAAAGAGAGCUGCCUUUUUCGCUGCCACGGAGCCUGAUCUCUCCGAUUAAGGACUGAUCUAUUUUUUUAUUUUAAUGUGAAGUAUCUGAGCCGGUCAUUGCCCAGUUUUCAUUUUGAUAGUGAUAAUGUUUAUAAUGAUAAGGCAUAAUGCUGAAACUUGAUUUUUAACUUAAGAAAAACACAAUUUGUAAAUAAAGUCUUCUAUUUUAAAUACUUUGUGAUUAGACCAGUUUUACUCUAUAAUUUAAUGUACUUUUUUUGUCUUUGAAUAAAGCUAUGUUUAUUGUUGUAUAAA